AUGACCACUGCUGUCACUCUAUUUGCAGGACCAGGAACUCUGGAUUGCGGCUAUACAAAUGGCAUCUCUCAUGGAAAUACUCUCCAGGAAAGCGUCUCAUUUCGCUUCGUUCUCGACGGCACAAUACGGACUCUUUCCAACAACAUGCCUCCUGCAGAUGAUUCGUACCGGGGGUUAUUAUUUGUCCCUGAUCUCGAUAUUGAUGACACCUGCAACACUAUAACAGUGCCAUUCGUUCCCAGUAAUGUCACGAGACGCAUCGAUCUACCGGAAUAUGACCACGACAUUAUUGGCAUUGCGCCCUGGGUGAAUGCGAAUUGCACACAGGCAUAUCUCGCCGCAUCGCGACGCGAGAAUGCUCGGGCCCUCAUAUUCUAUCAGCCUGAUAGCAACGCUGACCACGAAUCAACCAAACCCCCACCGGCAGACGACAAAAUCUGGGAUUUGGGGGAUAAUGGACAGUGGAAAACUGAUAACGAGUUUCCGGUUUAUGCGAUCCCUGGUCCGUCGGGGUCUAAGUUGAUGCAUCAGCUCACCAAAUAUUCAGGGCAUUCCAGCAAUAAUAGUACAAAUAAUACUGCCGAUAAUACUUCUGGAGAAGAUCCGAGAUUCGCGGUUCGUUGCGCGAGACUGUAUGCUUUACUUGAUUUUGCACCCGAAACCUCAUCGUCUGUGCCAGGGAUAUGGGUUUUCAUUCUCGCGAUCUUGGGCGCGUUAGUAUUCUUGAUGCUGCUUGCGUAUCUAACAACACAACAUAUCCAAAGAAAACGGCGGGAAAAUCUCCAACGACGCCUUGUCACAGGCGAAAUCGACUUAGAACAUCUAGGAAUAAAGCGCCUUGUAGUCCCUCCACAUCUGCUUUCGCAGUUACCAGUCUACAUUUACCCCGACGAAGCCGAGAGAAAAACAUCCUGUGACCCCGAAAGAAAAUCCCACGAAACGGGUACUACCCAGAGAUGCGACUUGAAUGGCUCAAACGAAACAUUAAAUACCGAAAUACAAGAUCAACAAUCACCAUCACCUCAGCCAUUCCCUAAUGAGGUUUACGAUGAAAGCAUCUCUGCAAUUCUCGAAGAAGUCUCACCGAAUUCACAACCCCCACGGACGAAAAAAGGCAGCCGUCUGACUUUCUCCCAGCUAACGUGCGCUAUCUGCCUCGAUGAUUUCGUGCCGGGAUCUUCGCUCGUCCGCGAACUACCCUGCACGCACAUCUUCCAUCCAGAAUGCGUUGAUACCUUCCUUAUGCGGGACGGCAGCACAUGUCCCGUUUGCAAGCACAAUGUGCUCCCACCGUCAUUUAUCUCGGAUCAGGUUACGAAUUUCAUGGUUCGUCGGGAGCAGCAGAUAAGGAGAUUGCAUAGUCAUCAGGACGGUGAUUUAGAAUUGGAAGGUUUGUAUCUGACUUCGUUUGAGAGGAUGCAGGUUAGAUUUCGUCGAUUGUUUCGUCGAUUAUUUCGUCGGAAUCGAUUUGGCGCAUCUGAAGAAGAUGGUCAGAUAGAGUCGAAUCAAAGGCCGCCGCUAUCUUCUGAGCAGUCGGAUGAGACUCGUCAAGCGGAGGAUCACGAUCCGGCUCGGAGGGAGAUGAUACAGAGACGGGCUAUGGCCUUGCUUGGAAUGCCGGUGAAUAAUAACGCGACUCGAAUUUCCGAAGAAAGUCAUUCACUACCCUGA